UCCAUGGCCGCGACAGCCCCCGCCCUCCUCCUCUCCGGCCGCAUCGCCAUCGUCACCGGUGCCUCCCGCGGCAUCGGUCGCUCUAUUGCUUCCCACCUUGCGUCCCUCGGCGCCUCCCUCAUCAUCGGCUACGCCUCCAGCUCCGCCGCCGCUGACCGCCUCGCCGCCGAGCUCAACUCCUCCACCUCGUCCUCCACCAACCAGAAACCCCGCGCGGUGGCCGUCCGCGUCGACGUCUCUGACCCCGACAACGUCAAGUCCCUCUUCGACGCCGCGGAGUCCGCCUUCGGCGGCCCCGCCCACAUCCUCGUCGCCUGUGCCGGCGUCCUCGAUGACAAGUACCCGACCGUUUCCGCCACCGCCGUCGAGGACUGGGAUGCCACUUUCGCCGUCAACACCCGGGGGGCCUUCCUCUGCUGCCGGGAGGCGGCGAACCGGCUCGCCCGCGGCGGCGGCGGGCGGAUCGUGUGCAUCACGUCCUCGACGACGGCGUCGCUGCGGCCGGGGUUCGGAGCGUACGUGGCCUCGAAGGCGGCGGUGGAGGCCAUGGUCAAGGUCAUGGCGAAGGAGCUGAAGGGGACGGCGAUAACGGCCAACUGCGUGGCGCCGGGCCCGGUGGCGACGGACAUGUUCUUCGCGGGGAAGAGCGAGGAGUUGGUCCGUCGGAUUGUGGAGGAGAACCCGAUGGGUCGGCUGGGGGAAACGGAGGACAUCGCGCCGGUGGUCGGGUUCCUGUGCACCGACGCCGGGCAGUGGGUGAACGGACAGGUGAUUCGGGUGAACGGCGGCUACAUUUGAUCGAUGCUGCACUCGUGUAGCUUCUUCCCUAUCGAAUAAACGAGCUUGAUUGCUUUAGCGUCCGAUGCUUUGUGUAACUGUGGGGAGGGAGUGGUUGUCGUGUAGCUUCUUCUCUAUCGAAUAAACGAGUUUGAUUGCUUUAGCGUCCAA